AUGCAGGUCGGAUGCCGAAUAGAUGGCGUCACUGUCAAUAACAUAAGCAAUGCUGACGACAUGGUGCUGCUCAGCCCUUCAAUUGGAGGUCUUAGGAAGCUUUUACGUGUAUGUGAAGCUUAUGCUGUGGAGCACGGUUUGAAGCACAACGUUACAAAACGCGAGUUUAUGAUUUUUAAAGGAAAGAACAAAGGUCCUGUUCAUGUACCACCGCUGUUGCUAAACGGAAUUACUAUUAGACGUGUUCCACGGUUUAAGUAUCUGGGACACAUUUUGACUGAAGAAUUGAUGGAUGAUGAGGAUAUCGAGAGAGAGAGCAGGGCGUUGUCG